AUAUAAAUAUAACCUCUGCCAUGGGGGACAUUGAGAUUGAGACAUUUGACACUAAGUCAGCUGAUUAUGUCAAUCAUUGGGAGAUAUUUAUGUUUAAAAUUACGGAAAUGGCAAAAGUAUCAUAAAUAAAUAUUUUCGGAAUGUAUAAAAUUUUAAUUGGUAAAUAAAAUUCCAGUAAAAUCAAUACCAAUGAAUACUCAAUUAUCUACGUAAAAACGCAAAUAACUUUGUAAAGACUGUGUGACAAUGAAACUCGUUAUAAUAAUUAUAACUAUUGUUUUUUUGUAUAUUAUCAAUGAUGUUAAGACUUGGCGACCUGAAGUAACAGAACGAUCACCAGUCAUUUUAGUUCCUGGAGAUGGUGGAAGUCAACUGGAAGCAAAACUUAAUAAAACUGCUGUUCCUCAUUAUCUCUGUGAAAAAGUUUCCUCGGAUUAUUUUAAUAUUUGGUUAAAUCUUGAACUUCUUGUUCCAAUCAUAAUUGAUUGCUUUAUUGAUAAUAUGAAAUUGAUAUAUCAUAAUGAUACUCGAACUACAACUAAUACCGAUGGUGUAUCUGUAAGAGUACCAGGAUGGGGAGAUUCAUUUACAGUAGAAUAUUUAGAUUCUAGUAAAGCAUCUCCAGGAUAUUAUUUUAAAAAUAUUGGUAAUAUGUUAGUUGACGAAUUGGGGUAUGUAAGAAAUUUUUCACUCCGUGGAGCACCAUAUGAUUUUAGAAAAGCACCAAAUGAGAAUGAAGAGUUUUUCAUCAAGUUAAAGCAACUUGUCGAAGAAACAUAUAUCAUUAAUAAUAAAGUACCAAUAACUUUAAUUGCUCACAGUAUGGGUGGACCAAUGACUUUACUAUUUCUUCAAAAACAAUCUCAAAAGUGGAAAGAUCAGUACAUAAAGACAUUAAUAUCUCUCGGAGCUGUAUGGGGAGGAUCUGUUAAAGCACUAAAGGUUUUUGCAGUGGGAGAUAAUUUGGGUGCAUACGUUCUUAGAGAGAGUAUUUUGAAAGAUCAGCAAAUAACGAGUCCAAGUCUAGGAUGGCUACUUCCCUCAAAGAUUUUUUGGAAAGAGACUGAAGUGUUGGUGCAAACACAGAUCAAAAAUUAUACACUGCUUGAUUUACAGCAAUUUUUUUUGGACAUUAAUGUGCCAAAUGGAUGGGAAUUUCGAAAAGAUACUGAAAAAUUUCAAACCGAUUUCACAGCUCCUGGCGUAGAAGUCCAUUGUUUACAUGGAAUAAACAUCGGCACAGUCGAAAGAUUAUACUACAAGCCUGGUGUAUCAAUAGAUACAUAUCCUCAAUUAAUUCUCGGGGAUGGUGAUGGAACUGUUAAUUUAAGAAGUUUAAACGGUUGUCUUUACUGGCGAAAUAAACAAAAACAAAGAAUUUAUCAUCAACCAUUUUCAGGAGUAGAUCAUAUGGAAAUAUUAAGGAAUCAACAUGUUUUAGAUUAUGUUAGAACAACAUUGAGUACGAGUCAGCAAUACAAUCCCAGGUUUAAAAAAUUGAUCAAUUAAAUCAUUUGAAAUUUUAGCAAUUUUUAAUUACUUUUCUUACAUCUACUACUAAGGAUAUUACUUUUUAGUCUUUUAAUCAUUUUAAAUACUCAUAUAAUUAAAAUUCUUCCUCUAAAAUUAAAACAAAUAUGAGUUUAAUUCAACAAUUAAAUAUCAGGGAUAAAAAGA